AUGGGCACUAGUAAUUCCCUCCGCCAAAAUAAUACACAGACCCUUUCAACAGAGCCCCAGGGCCCGCAAAACACGGUCUUGGGGUUCAAUAGUGGCGAGGAAGUCGGCUUACAAAUAAAGGGCGACGACGAAGCAGAGUCAAUGCUUCUGAAAGCGCGCAGAAAAAGGAAAAAAAAACAACCCCAGCGAAAGAUUACCUCUGUGUAUAUCACAGGUCUUCCGCAAGACGUAACGCUUGAUGAAUUAAACGAGCAUUUCAAGCCUUGCGGAAUAAUAUUACCUGAUUUGGAGACAAACCUGCCGAAGAUCAAAAUUUACGAAGGCCUUGAUGGCCGGCCAAAGGGAGAUGCUCUUGUUAUAUAUUUGAAGGAGGAGUCUGUUCACCUUGCAGAAACGUUAUUAGAUGAAUCUAUGCUUAGACCUGGGGUGAAGAUCAGAGUGCAAAAGGCGACAUUUGCAGGGAAAGAAACUCCCGAAGACUCUGGGACCAAUACAGAUUUGGAUUUCCAAACAAAACGGAAACUUAGGAGUAUCCACAAAAAGCUCGAAUGUCAUUGCAAUGUCAUCGCCAUCAAUAUAGGAUCAUCUGUUAAAGUUGCGCUUUUUGAUAAGACAUCAAGAACUUUUGAUGUCAUUCUGAAUCAGGAGUCUGCUCGAAAGACACCCUUUUGUGUUGCCGUUUCUAACUCAGGAAAAGAGCUCCAAUUUGGAUCUUCUGCAAAAGCAUCGGACAUGUCUGUUUUUUGUGAUUUCCAAAUACUCUUGGGAUGCUCAUUGGAUGAAGAGCGUGAGCAAGUGGAGUUUUUUAAAAACCUGAAUCCUCGAACUGUUUUUGAAAAAAACAAAGGCCAUGAAGCCGGCAUUUCUUUUGUAAUGAAGAAUGACAAAAUACCUUCAUUUCCUGUCGAAGAGCUCACGGCACUGUUUUUUGCCCACAUCAAGGGCCUAGCUAAUGCGACAGAUUGUAUCAUUGCGGCCGUGUUGGACGCGGCCGAGCUUGCUGGCCUUAAUGUGAUAGAAAUCAUCCACGACAUUACUGCCGCUGCUCUUCAAUAUUCGCUUACCGUUCCUUUUGAUGUCUCGUCCCUUGUUCCUGGCGCAGCGAUGCUGGAGAAUCAAGUUUUGUUUAUGGAUUUUGGCCAUACACACACAAGUGUCUCGUUGAUUUUAUAUCAAAGAAAUGGAGCCCCAUCCACAAAAGGAGCUUCUCGGAUCACCCUUUUGAAGACCAAAUCACACUUUGGCAUUGGAGGUGCCUCGAUUGAUUUGGCGAUAAGGGAUUUUUUCUAUGAUAAUUUUUGCAAGCAAAACGCGCUUAAUCUUAUCUUUGAGGAGGGGAAUGUCGAAUUGGUUAGAAUCCGCAAUAUUUUGCUUGAAGAAGCCUCUUUGGCCAAGUUUAAACUGACAGCAGCGAAUUCUGUCGUUAUCUUUAUCGAUUCGCUAUAUGAAGGCCGAUCUUUUCGAUUUAACUUCACAAAGUCUGAUCUUGAGGCCAUUACAAAGGAUUCCUUGGUACCCAGAUUCAUGAAGCCCCUGGAACAGCUGCUUAACGAACUAGGAUAUAAGCCUGCAGCGAAAGAGAAUGAUGACGCUCGUUCUUUUUCCACUGCUAGCUUUUCAACUUUGAUGCUUAUUGGUGGCACAAGCCGUGUACCUUUCAUCCAAGAGACGCUAAAGACGACGUUGGAGUCAUAUUUUGGAAAGGACAAAGUUAAGCUUGGCUAUUCCGUAAAUUCUGACGAGGGUCCAGUGCUUGGUGCCGCAUUGAAGGCUCUACUUUCCGAUAUCAAAUUCAAUGUGAAUACCAUCAAGCUGUUUGAGCGACCAACACUUGAUACCUCUGUCGUGCGUAUUGAUAGCAGCGAUCAAGAGCCUAUCCUCUUGUGGGGAGAAGCAUCCAACACACAAACUAGUUCAAAUCAACUCACCAAAAAGCUUCUGAUAUACAAAAACGAGUCUUUCUCGCUGGGAUUGCUUACAGGCUCUACUCCAAGAAAACCUUGGGCCACCAUCAAUGUGCUCAAUGUUUCUGAAAGUUUUAAUAUGCUUUUGCAGACUCCGCUCAAAGAUGGUCAAAUUUUUGUUGGAAAUCCCCUUGCUUCUAUAAGCUUUUCGCUUCCACUCGCAGGUGCCCGCAACGGAAUGGUUCAAAUUGCCUCGUGCAAUGCUAUUCAGAAGACCAAUUCAACCGUUUCCGCCAACUCUACGACAUCAACAGCCACAUCUUCGUCGGAUCCAAAAAAGACCUCUGCCACGGACACAUCGAUUUCUGUCCCUCUUUCUUUUGAACUCUUAUUUGCUCGACCUCCAUUAUCAGAAUUUAUAAAGAAAGAAAUUUCCGAUCGCAUGCUUGCAUUCGAUACUUUUUCCCUUCUUAAGCGUGCUCACAACAGCGCUCGCAACACGCUCGAAUCCAAUAUUUUUGCACUGCGACCUCUAUUGAGAGAAUGGAAAGAAGCAGGGUCUCCCAACCCAGGGGAAUACUUUCCAGUGGAUGAUUUGCUUGAAGAACUUUAUGAAAAGCUCGAUUAUGGAUAUGAAGUUGAUGAAUCCCAACACGAAUCGAUCGAGAAUGUCAUGAAUGUUCAAAUCAAAGCGUUCAAUGUCGACAGUGCUCGAAUUGAAUCUUUUUUAGCAGAUGGAAAAGCCGCCUUUUCCGAAUACUUGAAGAAAAAAGAGGAAGAAGAGCGUGCCAUUCGUGAAAAGCUUGCGGCAGAAGCUGCUGCUCGCGAGGCUGAAGAGAAGAAAAAGCGAGAGGAAGCGGCUGCGGAGCUUUUAAAAAACCUAAAAGAGCAGCUCGAGAAGAUGAAUUCUUCGGCUAGGAAUUCAGGAGCCCAAACCCCAACUGAUGAUGCCCUUCCAUUUGAUUUAUCUGAUUUUCAUGGCAUGAUCCCUGAAAAUGAUCUUGGACAUCCACAAAAAAAUGAUUCAAAUGCCGAGUCAGUUACGGAAGAGGCUCCACUGUAUGAGGCCCCUUCGAUGGAAGAGGCUCCGCUGUACGAGGCCCCUUCGAUGCAAGAACCUCCACUGUACGAGGCCCCUUCGAUGGAAGAGGCUCCGCUGUACGAGGCCCCUUCAAUGCAAGAACCUUCACUAUACGAGACCCCUUCUUCGGAAACACAUGAGGAUGCCACUGGCCAGCCUAUGCACGACGAAAUGUAG